AUGAGCCCUGCUGUCCAAACCCACUUGAUUAACGAGACCCGCCGACUCGAUCACGAGUUGUCUGAUGCUCAGCGACUCCUUCAGCUCGAGGUCGAUAACGAUUCCAACGCUCGAAAUGCCCUCUACCAACAAAUCGACCAUGCUGAAAAGCAGCUUCAAACUGCACAGGGCGACCGAGAUCGCUAUUGCAUGGAGAGAGACCAGCUCCAACGGACUCUCGACGCUGUCCGAAUGAAGGAGAAGAAGAAUGCUGAGAAAUGGGAGAGAUCCGAGCAAAAGUAUAAGCAACAGAUUGAGGAUUUGCUCAAGCAGGUCACGGUUCAAGAGGAACAACUGAAGGGAAAGCGGGCGUUAUGGCUCGAGUCUAACCCUGGCUCAAGUGCUCGCCGGGAGGCUAUGAACGCAGCCAUGCGUGAUCCGUUCAGCUCACCAUCCGUAAGCCAACGCACAGGUUUCGAUAGUGGUUAUAUGGGCGGCGUUGGUGGAUCCGUCGCAUCGUCUGCAAUUCGAAGCCCUCCACAAAGCUCAUUUGGCCAACCUACCCCGAGCCUGGCUCCUAUCGGCGCUCCGCGUGGCCCUCGCCGCCGAGGUAACCUGCCAACAGGCAGUGCCUUGCCAGCAAAGGUACUUCCCGCUUCCACCUGGACUGAGCCUUCCUCCUUCCGUAACUUCAAGACCGAGCCAUCCACUCCGCCUCUUCCAUCCAUGGCAUUGGUCCCGUUCUCCAACGAAACUGAUCCGGCUCCUCGAUACAAGGCCGAGUUCACAAAGGUCUACGAACUGGUUGAGGGUUGGGUCAAAUCAUAUGCCAAUCUCCCGAACCUGGGUAAUGAUCAGAAGAUCGCCCGAUCCAACAAUGUUCUGUGGGACUUCAUGAUGAACUGCACCUAUCCCGGCCAACGCCAAGAUGCGCACACUCAUGUCAUGACCCUGCUCAAUGAUCCGAACACUCGUUGCUGGUUUGUCAUGAGAAUGGCUAUCACGUACCUCACCAAGGACAUUAUGACUCUCGGUGUUUUCGAUAAGUUCAACCCCGCCACGGACGCCGAGUUUGACGAGGUCAAGAAGAAGCUUCAGGAGCUCCGAGGCCUGGCCACCGAAUCUCGUCAGAAGCUCAUCGAUCAACAAGCUAGAGCGGUCCAAUCUAUCAUUGCGUCUCCAACCUACCAAGACUUCCGGUCAACCCAAAUCAGCUUUCACUCGAAGAAGCUUCGCGAUAUGCUUGGUCCACUCUUAAAUCCUGGCUGCGUUCGUGCGGAGGCGGGGCGAGACCUCGGCGCCAUUGUCAUCAAGGCCUGGGAGCUGUCCGUCAAGAUGUACACCUCUCACCUGACCUUCCAGGUUUACUUCCCUGAGACCGCUGCAAAGUUCAUGGCUGCUACGAUGAUCGCCAAGGACCGUCCCGGAGUCGACGCCAUGCAUCUGCAAAUCAAGCAGACUCGUCUCAAGCUCGUCAUCACCCCCGUCAUUACUUUGCGUGAUGAUCGCGGCACUACCAUCAAGGCCAAGAAUUUGCACUUGUCAACCGUCCUUACCAUGGGAUAG